UUGAAAACAUAUUCUUCGUCUACAGAGUACUGUAUGUACUGAUGUAGAUUUCUGCUUUGCAUUGGAUAAUUUGCCCUCCAGCAGCCAAUAGCCCCUCUCCUCCGCCUGUCAUUCUAAACAUACCACACAGACAACAUACAUGGAAAAUAACUGACUCAGCUGUGCUGCUAUUAAAAGAGCUCAAAUCCAAAGUAUUGCUGUGGCUGAGCGUCAUGUCGGAGGAGCUCUGCUGAGGCGAGCAGCUCCAGCUCCUCAGGACAGGAAUUAAAGCUUGCUACCUGCAGAGGCCCGAGAAGCGAAUCAUAAGAACACAUAGUUAAUAAUUAAAAAUGGUUGUAGAUGGUGAGAUGGAGUCCAAUGUAACAGAGCCGGAGAGUUUCUGGGAUUACCUCCAAGAGAUGGACCCUGUAUGGACCACCACCAUCCUCCUGGUGCCCUUUGUGGUCGUGCUGACGGCUGGAUUUUUCUACCUCUACGGUGUGAUUGUCGGGCUGCUGUCCACAUCUGUACGCAACAAGGUGGUGGUGAUAACUGAUGCUUUAUCUGGGCUUGGAAAAGAAUGUGCAGGCCUGUUUCACAAAGGAGGAGCGAGGCUGAUCCUCUGUGGGAAAAGCUGGGAGAAACUGGAGGAACUUGUGGAUGAUUUGGCGAAUGCAUCUGAUCCCACAGUUACGUUUCCUCCAAAGCUGGUGCUGCUGGAUUUUGGCGACAUGGGCAGCAUGCCUGAGGCCAUCACAGAGAUCCUCGAGUGUUACGGCUGCCUGGAUAUUCUCAUCUUCAACAGCAGCAUGAAGGUCAAAGCUCCUGCACAGAGUGUGUCUCUGGAGGUGGACAAGCUGCUCAUGGACAACAACUACUUUGGGCCCGUCACACUGGCUAAAGGUGUGCUGCCCUCCAUGAUCUCCAGGAGAAGUGGUCACCUGCUGCUGGUCAACAGCAUCCAGGGGAAAAUAGCUGUUCCUUUUAGAACUGCAUAUGCAGCCUCUAAACAUGCAGUUCAGGCCUUCUUCGACUGUCUGAGAGCUGAAGUAGAAGAAUACGGCAUCUCUGUCAGCACCAUCAACCACACCUUCAUCAGCCGCUCAGCGUCUGAAGCCUCAGAGGCCUCCAGAUCCAUCUGGUCACUGUUGUAUACCAAGAAGCCCCUUGGUGUUUCUCCGGAUGAAGUCGCCACUGAGAUUGUGAAGACUUUGAACAACAAGAGGAAGGAGGUGGUAAUUGCUCCGUCGCUCCCCAAGGUGGCCAUUUAUGCCAGAUCCUUCUUCCCCAACGUGUUCUUCGCUGUGAUGGCUGCAGGAGUGAACAACACCGCCGCCGCUGAGAAAAUGUAGAGAAGCUAUUUCAGUGAUUAUCUGUUGUUUCUGUGUAAACCUGGUCUAUCUGCAGGGCAAAGGUGGCCCAGAAACAGAUUUAUUAAAAGCUCAUUUGUUGUAAAUUGGUUAGAAAUUUGCAGAAUCAAAUGGAAUUUACAGAAAAUAUCAAAAGCAUAAUAUUUCAUCAAGUACUGUAAGGAACCAGCUAUGAUUUCUCUAAUAAUCCACUGAUUGUUGUAACCCAAAGAUGUUGAUUUUACCAUCACAGAAAACUGGAAAAUAUUUACAUUUAAACAAAAAAAUUUGGGUUUUUUUGUUGCUGUCAUUUUUGCCUGAAAAACUAUCGUUUCAUUCUCAAGUCAUUUAUGGAACAAAUGAUGUUGACAUCUGUAGUUGUGUGUUUUUGUCUCAUUAAAUCUUUUCAGCGUGAAUUGCAA